AUGCAGUACUCUAGCAAGAUCUUUGCCGCUCUCGCCUUAGCGGCGGUCGUCUCUGCAACUCCUGCCGCUGAGGUCCAGAAACGCCUGCUCGAGGGCGUUCUCCCUUCGCAGGUCUGUAAUGCUACUUCGAAACCUAUCGACCUCAGUCUUCUGCCAGUCGGCACUUCGAUGGUGGAGUGCGCAGUGGGUCAGAUCUGCAAAGCCAUUUCUGGUCUUACAGGGGACUUGGCUACCAUUGGACUUGGUCUCUGUAGCAACUUUAUAAGAGCUGUGCAAACUCUCCUGGACAUUUUUCGAGGCUCAAAUAAUCAAGAGAGGUACAAAAGAGAUAUGGCGUAUACCUGUGGCCUGAACGUGUACACAUCCUUCGUUUCAAAAGUAGGAUAUGUCUACGCAACAAGAUAUGCUCAGCAGUGUAUAGUUGAGCCAUUUACUACCAAUGGCGAAGGACUGGCCAGUAGACCAGUAAGAUCAGUGCGUGCUUUCCCAGACGUAGAACCAAUUCGUCUUACCUCCAAACUUGAAGCUCUCGCGAUAUGUCAACGUGUUACGGCAUCUAUGGAGAAGGUUGCAUCGUUCGGGAAGAGAAGAACGCAAUCGCCUCCGGGAGGGAAAGAUAUGAGAACUCCAGACGCAAAGAGAAGCGAUCGGACUGAGCAAGUUUUCACGAAGUCAGACAGCACCUUAAGCAGAAGAACUUCACUAAAAGCAGAGGAUCUUCCGUUGAAAAACGGAAAAAUGAAAAGAAAUCCUUGA